CGGAAGUGAUUAGGCCUGAAGAUGCAAAAGUGGCUAGUAUACGUGACUGGCCACGACCUCAGUCUGUGACCGAGGUUAGAUCUUUCUUAGGGAUGACAGGCUACUACAACAACUUCGUGAAGAACUAUAGCACGAUGGGCACCCCUUUGACUGAUUUGACACGCCUUGACACACCAUGGGAAUGGAUAGACGAAUGCCAGGCAACCUUCAAACAGUUGAAGUAUGCUCUCAUGCAUCAUGAGGUUCCCAUGGUCCCCGAUCCGGAGAGGCCAUUCGUCGUGACCACCGAUGCAAGCCAAUAUGGCAUAGGCGCAGUGUCGGCUCAACAGGAAGGGAAGAAGUUGAAGCCGAUCGAGUACAUGAGUAAGAAGAUGCCAUCCAAGAAGUUGGCAAAGUCCACCUAUGAGAGGGAACUCUACGCCCUUGACAAAGCCCUUGUCCACUGGAGGCAUUAUCUGCUUCGUAGGUUCUUGUAUUUGAGAACCGACCAUCAGACACUCAAGUGGAUCAAGACACAGCCUGUUCUCUCCGAUGCACUCAAAUGCUGGAUUGAAGUCAUAGAUCAAUAUCACUUCAAGUUCGACUAUGUGAAGGGAGAAUACUACAGGGUUGCUGAUGCGCUGUCACGUAGGGCAGACUGUUUAGGUGCGCUAAUUACUGAGUUUGGCCUAUUUGACGAAGUAACUCGAUCGAUGGUGGAUGCCUACAAGGAAGAUCCCGUCAUGAUGGACAUCAUACGCAGACUAGAGGCUCAGGACAAGGCCGCAUCAGACGAGUUUGUGAUGGUGGAUGGGUUACUCUUUCUUGAAAAGACAGAGUUCAAAAGGUUGUCCGAGGCAGACCAGUUGGCGAUCGAUCAGCUCAACGCCGACAGCGCUGAACUUGUAAGUGCUAGUCAAGCACAAUGGACAACGGUACUCAACGGGAUGCGUUAUGUCCCCGUACCCGGCAGCGAGUCAACGACAGAGCAACAGGAGAGGCAAAACCUGGCAGAUAUUCUACUCAAUACAAUGCGCGCCGUCAUUUGGAACAGCACCAUGGGGGAGCUGCAUUCCCAGGCCACACGGCAGCUGCAGCACGAUCUGAGCCACAACGUGAAGACGCUUGCAGCAGCUGUCAAGGUCGCGGACAACCAGCUGAAACAGCUGGAUGCACGCAUUGCUACCUUGGAGGCAAGGCCUCCCCAAGCAGCGCCAGGCUGCACGACAGAUAUGAUAGACAUGACGAAGCAGCUCCAUGGGCGCAUCGAUCAUGUCGUCAAUCUCAUCGGCGACAUAGGUGUUUUCAAUGGGCCAGACACGAUCAGUAGCACGGUGGCCGCCAUCAAAACGGACAUCUCCAAGCUGCAGACGAGACCGGAUGCCGCUACCAAGAAUUUCAAGAUGCCGCAAUUCACCAUCAGCAAGUUCGACGACUACAACAAGACCGAAGCUUUGACACGGCUGAAGACAUGUUGAAGGCGCUCUACCUACAACUGAUUGGCGGAGCGCAGGCAUGGAUGAAUCACCUGGCGGCUACCAAGAAAUGCACUAUCGCCGAACUCCACACGCACAUUACGUCGA